GGACGGAGUGGGUCUUGCGGGGCUUCCCCGUCUUAGACUGGAAGGAGCAAGAAGCAAAACCGAAACCCCUCGCCGAUUCUGCUUUUCCUCCUCCUCUUCCCGCCCCUCUCCUCCUCCUCCGCCCGCCUUUCCGUUUGGUUUGCUCGCCGCCUCCCGCGAUCCCGAUGGCGAAGAUCCGGGUGUCUUACGAGUACACCGAAGCCGAGGACAAGAGCAUCCGGCUGGGCUUGUUCCUCAUCGCCACGGGCAUCUUGUCUCUCUUCAUCUUGGGCUUCUGCUGGCUCAACCCGGCCCUGCAGGACUUGCAGGGCAAAGCGGCCAACUGCACGGUGGUGUCGGUGCAGCAGGUCGCCGAGCUCUUCGAGUGCACUUUCACGUGCGGCGCUGACUGCAAGGGCACCGCGCUCUACCCCUGCCUCCAGAUCUACGUUAACAACUCCGAGUCCGACGCCCGGGCGCUGCUGCACCAGGACGAGCACGAGCUGCUCGCCAACCCCAAGUGUUCGUAUAUCCCUCCCUGCAAAAGAGAAAACCAGAAGAACACUGAAAAUGUAAAGCUCUGGCAGGUUUACUGGGAAGAUGAAGUUGGCUCUCAGCCUUUUACGUGCUAUUUUAAUCAACACCUCAGACCAGACGACGUACUGUUACGACGCACACACGACGAGUCGGUGCUUUUGCACUGUUUCCUUUGGCCGGUGGUGACGUUCCUGGUUGGGGUCCUCAUUGUGGUCCUCACCAUAUGUGCAAAGAGCUUGGCUGUCAAAGCAGAAGCGAUAAAGAAAAGGAAGCACUCCUAAGCAGUUCACUUUCCUUGGACGAAAGCGGAGGGGAUUUUGUAGGAGGAGAGUCAGCCGUGCCAAAUGCAAUUGACAGGCACUCCCGUGGCGCUUCCCAGCGAUGCCCGUUCCCAGUCUAUUACCAGCUGUUGGUCUUGCUGAUGCCUGAAGAUUACUCUUAGGUUGGCGAUGCUGUGAAUUGUUAGCUAGCUGCUUCUGCCACUAAAGAAAGCAAAAUGUGUCUAUUCCAAAAAAAUAAUAAUGACCCUAAGCUGCACCAAACUGGCUGUACUGCAUUUUAUGAAAUCUGAACGAUGGCUCUUCACUCCAGGUCUUUUGAUGGACUGAAGGACAGUUUCUUGGGGGGGGAGGACCCCCAAAGUGUGGUUGACUUCAUCUUAGCAAAAUGAUCUUUCUUACCAUUAUUAUUUAGUAUUGAAUAUUUAUUAUUUCCUUUCUCAUAGACUGUAUUUCUGAAAUAUUAAAA